CUUUUCUAAAAGACAACCCUACCAACGUAUUCCCCUUCAGUUGUCUAUACUUAUCCAUCCUUCGUUGAUCGAAGAAAGAAGACCAAGAGACGAGCGGACAAAAUCACUUUUGUCUGGCCAUUGUGAGUACUCUCUUUAUUGCCCAUCAAAGAGCCUCGACAAGUCAUUGUGGCGAUACCUUGGAUUUGUCAAGGAUAUCAAGCAAUUUCCUCGGCGGCGACAUAUAAAAUAGACACCACUCGGUGUCGAAGUCCUACCUACCUACCUAUCGACAUUUAUUGACAUUGAUUCUAGACGAAAACAUACCUGCAUAUUGCAUAACCCCACUAUUACAAAAACACAAAAGCAAACAAAUCACACAGCCUUCAAGAUGUUGUUUCAAUCUCUCACCACUUUACUCGCUCUCGGCAGCAUGGCCUCCGCUGCUCCUACUACCAAGGCUGCGGCCCGCAAACUCCUCGUCGGCGGCCCCGGUCAGCUCCUGCUCGCCAACUUUGACGGCACUACGUUCGAGAUCACCGGCAAGAACCAGACAGCCGGCACCGCCCCAAGCUGGAUGCGCUUCAAGGGUGCCACCAACACCCUGUACGCCGUGGACGAGAACAGCGCCAACCUGAACCUGUUCACCCUCGACCUCAAGGCCAAGUCGGACCCCAAGUACGCCUCCACCGUCGCGGGUUCAGCAGGCGUCGUAUUCCUCGAGUUCAACAAGGACCAGACGCGCAUGGUCGGCGCCGCCUACGGUAGCGCUACGAUCGACGUCUGGGACGUCUCCGCCACCGGCGCCCCCAAGAUCUUCAAGCAGAUCCCUGUGAACGGCACCCUUGGACCCGGCCAGACCGCGCACCAUCCUCAUCAGGCGCUCCUCGACCCCACGGGCCGCUUCAUGGUCAUCCCUGACCUAGGCGGCGACCAGCUCCUCGUGCUCGACACCAAGGACGACAAAUACGAGAUCAGCGGCCGCCAGGCGCUCUUCAAGGGCGCGGGCCCGCGCCACGGCAGCUUCAUCACGCACAAGACGCACACCUACUACACCGUCGCCUGCGAGCUGAGCAACAAGGUCAUCCUCUUCGAGAUCACGUACACCGAUGCCGGGAUGGCGUUCAAGGAGGUCUCGACGCAGUCUACGUACGGCGCUGGCUUCGGCCCCGCGAACGCCACGAGUGCCGCCGCCGGCACCGUCGUCGUCGCGAACUCGGCCGCCGCGAACAAGGUCGACGUGUACAUCUCGAACCGACUCUCCGGAAACGCCACGGACAGCAUCGCGCACUUCGUGUUCGACGCGGACAGCGUCCGGCUGGACUUUGCGAACUCGGUGUCCUCCGGGGGUAUCUUGCCCCGGGACAUGAGCCUCUCGAAGGACGAGAAGGUCCUGUUCGUCGCGAACCAGGGCGGCGAGAACGGCCUCGUCGCGCUCCAUCGCUGCGGCGCCACGGGCAAGUUGGCGGCUAAGCCGGUGGCGGUCAAGGCGGUCAAGGAACUUGUUGCGCCGGGGCUCGAGGGCCAGGCCAACGUUGGUCCGCAGUUUGUGCAGGAGAUUUAGGGGGGCAGAUAUGCAUACCUAGGUAUUUACCCAUCCUAGUUAAAAGUCCCUUUUUUGUUGGACAAAGGUGUAUUUAUCUCAUUGCAUCGCAUUUAAGUGGCGUUUUUGGCACGGACGGCGGGCUGGUUCUGUCAUGAUGCGGAUGGGAUUGGUGAAUGGAAUGGAAUGAAAUAAAAUAAAAUGGAUGGGUAUAUCUGUAGACAUUUUCAAUUCAAGUAGUUACUUGAUCUUUUGUGAAGAAUUCGUGCGUGUUUUUCAUUUUGCUUGAGAUAUUACUCGUGUUCUAUAUACCAGUCCUCAUAUUGUAACGUGAUGCUAUCUACACCUCUCGCAACACUGCAACCGGGCUAUACUUAAAUUUAGUGCGCAUUCAGAUACACAGUCCCUUGAGGACGCACUAAGAGCAAGUCACCUAGUUACCCGUCAUCCUCACCAAGUACAGGUGUUAAACCAAUCCUUAAGAAAUAGAAUUCAGCAUUAAACUUACCUCGAGAACCAUACCCCAUUGAUUGAUUGGGCAUCGGUCGCGUAUUACCUAAUAAGGAGCUCGCGUCAGUAAGGAAAGCCGAAGC